UUCAUAUGAAGGGGGGAUUCCUGAUUGUCCGUCAUUGUUGUCUACAUAUGAAUCUACGCAUUUUGGAUACUACGCUUACAAUACAGAAACAAAUAUUGUAUGUGAUUACGUUAUCGGGAUUUAUUUUUAUUCUGCGACUAUAAUGCACAUUUAAGUAUUCCAAAUAACUAAAUAACAUUUAUUUGUUUUAAUAAACGAUUAUUCGAAGUCCAGAAAUAUGUCCUUAAUCAACGCGGAUAGGCUCAAUGUUAAGGUUCAUCAUUUACUACAGAAGAGUUUCGAUCGGUUUAUGUUUACAUAACAUAACAUUUUUUGGGGGAACACAACAUCCACAGCCUUCGCAGUUAUCAAUCAUGUUUGUCGCCGUAAGCGCAUGAGUAAAAUUAGUUUGCUUAAAACCUGAUAGCAAUUCGUCCGUUUAAGCAUUUUAGUUCAAGUCACCGUAGACCUUAUAUCUAAUGCUUCAGACAGUCGGAAUCAUAUUUUUUUCUCUUAAAUCCCGUUUAGCUGCUUCGCAAUGUGAGCUUGUUAGGUGGGUUAACUCACUAUGGAGUCUCCGGCAGAAGCCGAGAGUGGAUGACGUCAGGGGUUGACUGACCAAUCGGAAGGCGCUGCCCUUUGGAGACAAACCAUUCGACUUGUGGCGUCUGCAUCAAGUCUGAAAGCAGAGGCUCAAUUUUAACAGAAUCUACCUUAAAAUCUCUGCCUUAACUCCAACCUAUCUUCUGCCAAAACAAGUUGGAAUCUGAGAAGCAAAAACAGAAAGCUUUUUUUUGUUUGUUUGUUUACUGGAGUUAUUACGACUAUAGUAUUUCUUCUGCAAAAGAAAGAAAAAUCACUUUAAAUAGAGAGGAGAAAUACAUAACCUUCUUGGAACUGAGUGAGGGGUAAGUGCUCUCCAAGCAGAAAAUUUGAUGAUGACCAUGACUACGAUGGCUGACGGUCUGGAAACCCAGGACUCGUCCAAAUCUGCUUUCAUGGAGUUUGGUCAGCAGACACACUCCCAGCAGAGCUCCCCGUCCAUGGCAGGCAGCCACUACCCGCUCCAUUGCCUUCAUUCCGGCUCUCAUUCCCACCACCAUCAGCACGACGGGUCCCCGUACUCCGGUACCAAUUCGUACAACAGAUCGCUGCCUUACCCCUACGUGAGCCAUUCCCACCAUAGUCCCUAUCUACCGUCUUACCACAGUAACAGUACGGCAAGUCAGACACGGUUAGACGACACAGAGCAGCAGAAAACAACAGUGAUUGAAAACGGCGAAAUACGUUUUAACGGAAAAGGAAAGAAGAUUCGCAAACCUCGGACAAUCUAUUCAAGUCUACAGCUGCAGGCUUUAAAUCACCGAUUUCAACAGACGCAGUAUUUAGCCCUGCCGGAAAGAGCGGAGUUAGCAGCGUCACUGGGACUUACUCAAACUCAGGUGAAGAUCUGGUUCCAAAACAAGCGUUCAAAAUUUAAGAAGUUGUUGAAGCAGGGCGGGAAUCCACAUGAAACUGAUCCUCUACCAGGGUCUGCUGCCCUGUCGCCCCGUUCGCCCACCAUACCACCCAUCUGGGACGUUUCUGCCACUGCCAAAGGGGUUAAUAUGCCUGCAAACAGCUAUAUGCCGGGGUAUUCUCACUGGUACACUACGCCACAUCAGGACACAAUGCAGCGACCGCAAAUGAUGUGAAGACUGUUGGGUUCAGAACUGCAUUUAAUGAGUUUAAUUGAUGGCCAACACUUUCCCAAGGGACAAGGCAAUUCUGAGUAACAAAACCUAAAGAAUUCUGUAACAGCCAAAUGUCUAAAACAGUCAUCUAUGACCUGGCCAUUUUCUGGCAAUAGGACAACGCUGACAAUUUAAAACGGGUUUGUUCAGGUGGACCUAAAAGAUGCAAUUCAGACAGCAUGAGGGAUCACAUGAACGGUUCUGAUAUAACAACAAAUCCAACAGGAACACGUUUGGUGACAGGAUAACUACUAUUUUGUUCAGGAAGGUGCACGUCUGCUGCAAGAACUUGGGAUAGAUGAACAUACACCAAUGCCUAUCUGAGAAGAGGAAUGAAACGUGGAUCUACUGUGAUAAACAUCACAAGCAGUCAUGAUGACUAUUCCUCCAUAGGAGAGGAUAUACACAAUAUAAGUUAUGCGCAUGACUGGCUAUUAUAGGCAUAUAACAAAAUCAUGCAUUUUAAGGACACUGUAUGUAUAUAUUGAUUAAUUUCAGUUGUAUAUACUUUAUAUGUUUUAUGUCCCUUUCAUAUAUUGAGUAAAAAUCACAAAACGUCAAGUUGUCUUGUAUUUUGCUACCCACGAACUGAAAGAUGCAUUGUAAAUGUCAAAGCUCUUUUAUACAAUUUAAUUCAUUUCAACAGCUUA